AACGAAAAAAAAAAAAACGAGCCGCUACUGCCGAACCCUAACCACCGCCUCCUGAAACCCAAAACCCCUUCGCUUCGGCGAUCUUCUUUUCGCGGCCUCUGUGCCAUCAAUAAUGCCAAGCUGCAGGAAUCUAAUGCAAAAUUUGAAGCGCAUUAAGCGGAAGAAAUCCAAAUCCAAACCCAGAACUUCUUCUUCGUCCUCGAAGAAGCAGAAACUCGUUCCAGGUGAACCCGAGUUUCCGUACACAGAGAAUGCGAUAGCCGAAGAACUAGACAGUGAAGAGAAGGAAGAAGACGAAGGCUUUAACCUAAAAAAUUCAACUCCUUCACGCGACCAUGGAGUUCAACCUCUUGGAAACCUGUAUUUCAACCCGGGUUCAGUGAACGCGAGGAACUCCGGAUUAGGUAAUCUCCAGAUUCUGUCCGAUGAGCUGGUUUUGGAUAUUCUAGGGCUUUUGGAUGCGACCCAUUUGGGUGUUUUGGCUAAUGUGAGUAAAUCGUUCUAUAUUUUUGCCAAUCACGAGCCGCUGUGGAGGAAUCUAGUGUUAGAUGAGCUAAAAGGCGAGUUCUUGUUUGGUGGGUCGUGGAAAUCUACUUAUGUAGCUACUCGUUACCCAGAAUUCAAGUUCGAGGGUGCUAUUGAUUCAUGUUUAAAGGUCAGAGACUUCUACUCUGAUUAUCUGUUUCAGAGCUGGUUGUGUGCUAAUCUCGAAAUGAAACCGGAGUGGCUCGAAAGAGAUAAUAUAACCCGUGUAAGAGGCAUUUCCGUCGAAGAAUUUAUCGAGAAAUUCGAGGAACCAAAUAAGCCAGUUUUGUUGGAAGGUUGUUUGGAUGAUUGGCCUGCAAUGAGGAAAUGGUCGAGAGAUUAUUUGACUAAGGUGGCUGGGGAUGUUGCUUUUGCUGUUGGCCCUGUGGAAAUGAAGCUCGAGGACUAUUUUAGGUAUUCGGAUAGAGUAAGGGAAGAGAGGCCAUUGUACUUGUUUGAUCCUAGGUUUGCAGAGAAAGUCCCUACAUUGGGUUUGGAGUUUGAUGUUCCUAAAUACUUCAGAGAGGAUUUGUUUAACGUUCUUGGCAAAGAUCGACCCGAUUAUAGAUGGAUCAUAAUAGGGCCAUCUGGGUCAGGAUCAUCUUUCCACAUCGAUCCUAAUUCAACAUCGGCUUGGAACGCUGUGAUCACAGGGUCUAAGAAAUGGAUUUUGUUCCCACCGGAUGUUGUUCCUCCAGGCGUCCAUCCAAGUCCAGAUGGAGCAGAGGUGGCUUGCCCUGUUUCCAUAAUCGAAUGGUUCAUGAACUUUUAUGGUGCUACAAAGAAUUGGAAGAAGAAACCUAUCGAGUGCAUUUGCAAAGCCGGGGAAGUGAUUUUCGUACCUAACGGGUGGUGGCAUCUGGUCAUUAACUUGGAGGAAUCGAUUGCCAUUACGCAGAAUUAUGUCAGCAGGAGGAAUUUGUUGAACGUGCUGGAUUUUCUGAAGAAGCCAAAUGCGAAAGAGCUCGUUUCCGGAACAAGAGACAGAGUGAAUUUGCACGAUAAGUUCGGGAAUGCCAUUGAAACAGCCUUUCCUGGAACUAUCCAGGAGUUAGAGAAGAAGGCUGAAGAUAAAAGAGCCAGAGAAGGAAAAGUUUCCUUCUGGGACUCUGUAACAGACUCAAAGGCUGGUGCUUUCAAGCUCUCUUUCUGAAUGACAAAAGCUCGCUUCUGAUUCAGGGCAUUGAGUUAUUAGAACGGGUAAGUUCAGAGCCAUAUGUAUUCAUUCAUUCAAUGGAGGAAAGCUUCAGGAUCUUGACAUUCUUCUUCGCCCUCUAUUACUGAAUUUACUUGUCGAAAUGGAUAUUCAACCCUUUGUAUUUGAAAUAUUUACAAUAUUGUUUUAACAUAUGUAAUACAGUUAAAAUAUA